AUGUCCAAUUAUACUGGGCCACCGAAUAAUCAUAGCGACGCUUACUAUGGCCAGCAGGGCCAAGGUUACUAUCCGCCCCACCAGGAACCUGACCGUCUACCCCAGCAACAAUACUACAACCCCACACCACAACAGUAUAACCAGCCACCAUAUGGUGAACAGGCCGCGACUCACCAAGGAUAUCCUGCUUCCUCGGCUACCUAUGGCCAACAAUACCCGCAAGCCCCCCAGCCUGUAGAUUCUGGUACCAACUACCAGUAUCCUCCACAGUUCUCUGGUCAAGAUCGCGGACACUUGCCCUACACUCCAAAUCAGCAGCACCAAAGCAACGGCGAGAGCGCAUCAUAUUAUGGGGGUGACAUGCAACAUCAACAUCCACCGGGCUAUGCCGCUGGUCCUGGAGGCCCUGAGGGUGAUAGAGGACUUGGAUCUACGCUACUGGGGGGUGCUGCAGGUGGAUUUGCCGGCCAUAAAAUGGGCGGUGGUUUCCUUGGGACCGCGGGUGGUGCAGUACUAGGUGCAGUAGGAAUGAACAUGGCAACCCAUGAAAUGUGA